AUGCCCACUCCAACUCCAUCACAAAACGAAGUCAUCCAGUGCGCCUAUGAACCUGCCACAACAGUAAAGGUGAUAGCGGGCCCCGGGUCUGGCAAGACUUUAACACUUAUGCUCAAAGUUAGAGAACUCAUUUCGAAAGGAAUCGUUGGGGCGGACGAGGUGUUAGUACUAUCCCUAACCAAUAAAGCUGUUGACAAUGUUAUCAAUCAGUUGAAUAGUAUUUUCAGUGAGCUAGAAACAACAACAGACGGAAUUCAGGGGGACGUUUUGACUGAUCUUGUUGCUCAGAUUGGUGUUUACACUAUUCAUGGCCUGGCCAACCGAGUCGUUGUCGAAAAUGAAGGUUUAGUAAAUAUAAUAGAGGAGAACGGAUGGAGGGGUCUUUCAAAGCUCAUUCCUGCAAAUUUGCUGAAGAAAUACGUUUCGGGUCGUCGUGGCACUACUCUCACCCCAAAAAUGUUUGAGCGUUUGUUCAGAGAGUACCAGGCCAAAGGAACAGUCAAUGAGAAGGAUGCUGCUAUGGAACAAAUUGUUACAAUUAUGAAAGCAUCGAAAGUUUUUACAAACGAGGAACUCAUUUCACUAGCGACAAAGUACUUACGAUCAGGUGCUGCAAAUCAAGCGAGCGAACUACCGUCAAUGACCAACGGCUUGCUUCACAAAUACAAAGUCGUGAUAGUUGAUGAAUAUCAAGAUCUUUUCCCUUCUUUAGGCCCAUUCCUCUCGGCAAUAUCACAAAAUAAACAGCUAUUUCUUUUUGGCGACCCACAUCAGAGCAUUUACGGUUUUCUCGGAGACAACAGAUCAGUUAUUCGCUUCCUUGAAAGUAUGCGCCCUCCUGAAAACUUGAAAGUUUUCCAUCUUUAUGAUAACUUCAGAUCGACACCUGAAAUAACAAGAUGGGCAAAUGCUGUAGCUGGGGAUGUUUCCAGAGCUGUAACAAAUAACAAUGCAUUUUUCUCUAAAGAACCCAUGGGAAUCGAACCGUCACUGGUUGACAUCGCGGAUCCCCUGGAAGAACUAGAGAUUAUCACGGACAAAAUCUGUCAGCUUGUCAGUAAUUCAGUCAAGCUGUCUGAUAUCGCAGUUCUUACAAGGACAAACGCCCAGCUUAAAGCCGUGGGCGAUCACUUUUCCUCUUAUGGGAUACCUACUGAAAAGCUGACAGCACAGCCAGAUUGGAUAUCAGACAAAAAUAUCAAGUUUCUUGUUGACUUACUGAAAACGUGUAUGCUAGUCAGUAGGGAGAAGAGAUUCGUUGAAGGAGCGGGCCAGCAUCAGAGUGAUUUUAGCGUGAUCGUGACACUGAGCUCACUAAAAGGCGUGAGUAACCAAUCCAUACAGACACUUUUCGGCGAAGCCCAAAAGGCAAAUAUUUCGUUGUGGAAUUUCAUUUCACAAAGCCGUCAAUGGCCAACCGGCGUGUCUAAUCGAACUAGAAUAGAGAGCUUCGUUAGACACUUGGAGCCUUUGCUGGAAUAUUUGGAAUCUAGCCAGCCGCUAACAGCUAUCUCGAUCAUUUCAAGAUUGGUGACAGUUUCUCAUCAAAUUGGUUUUAAACCGGACGAAAUAAAAAAUGAAAAUGAUUUAGAAAUAUUCAGAGAGCACUUGAUAGAGAUGCUGGGCGUUUUGAAAUUGUGUUCCAGUACCAGACCACAGAACGUCUCGCUCACAGAGUGGUUCUUGGAGACUUGGAUGGAUCAGCACUCCUCUUUCAUACAGCAUGCUGCGAACGAGCGCAGCAACAUACAUGACCUUGGAGCGGUUAAAAUUUCAACCAUACAUUCAUCGAAGGGUUUAGAAUUCCCUGUUGUCUUUCUAUCAGGUAGUUCAAAUUCAAACUUCCCAAUAGAAAAGAACGCACUAUAUGUGGGGAUGACACGGGCUCGUAAUCUUUUGUACAUGAUGAACGUGAAAAACAAAUUUUUGCCCCCUCCAAACCCUGAAAGUGGUACGGGAAUAUUUGACAACCAGAAAAUAUGGAACUACUACAACAAGGAUUUGAAUAGGCCAAUUGGCAGGCAGCUGGAGUCAAGCCUGCAAAAGUACCGCGCCGUCAACCAAAAAUUUAGCCUCAACCCCUCUGUGAGAGCUUAUAGCACGAUGGUGCGUAUGGUAUGUAACUCGCUCAAACACAUCUAG